UUAAACUUUUAUUCGGUCCACCUCAAGUUGUACAAGGUUGUGGUGACUCGGCGUAGCAACUGGCAGCCAGUCGCGGAUUGUGUGUCAGUGUAUUCGCACGUCUCCGUACGAUAUCAAGUGAUCGGAUACCGUUUUCCCGCGUUCCGCGUGCUCCCGUGAACUAGUUUUGCUAUUUCAAAGACGAUAUUGAACAAUAACGGCGGGGGUGCGCACGCGCAAUGUCGGCGACCAAGUUCUCGCAUCCGUUUAUGCGCGGCUUGAAGCCGCUACCGGAGGGGCAUGAAGAGGACAUACAGCAGAUUAGAGAGUGGAUGAAAAGUCAGCCGCACCUGCCCUACAUUCCGGAUGAAUAUGUGAUAUUGUUUCUCCACUCCAACUACUAUAAAGUGAAGGAGACGAAGUACACGAUCGAAAGUUACUUCACCAUACGAGCGAAUACACCGGACAUCUUCUCCAACCGGGACCCAUUGGCACCCAAAAACAAGACUAUUAUGGAUAUCACGCAUAUGGUGGCACUGCCGAACAAGACGUCUGAGGGGUACCACGUCCUUCUAUACCGGUUAUCUGACUUCGACUAUAGCAAACUCAACUUCGCGGACGCUGUCCGAGUGUUCUGUAUGUUUAACGACAUCAAACUGUCCGAGGACCGGUUGUCCGAAGGUUACAUCGUCAUCUUCGAUAUGAAAGGCUGCAGCAUCGGGCAUCUGACCCGCGUAACGCUGCCCGCGUUGAGAGCUUUCAUGCAAUAUAUACAGAGCGCGCAUCCCUGUCGUCUCAAAAAGAUUCAUGUGGUACACACAGUUUCCUUCAUCAACCAAGUGAUGUGCCUCGUGAAACCACUUAUCCACUCCAACCUUCUGAACUUACUGAACUUCUCAUCAGAAGGACCUGCUUCUGUCGUCGACAAAGAACUACUGCCUGAAGACUACGGCGGUCCCGUAGCUCCCGUGAGACAGCUCCAUGAAGAGCAAAGGAAGAAUAUGGAAGAAAAUUAUAGGGAGUGGCUUAUAGAAACAGAAUUGUUCAAAGCGGACGAAAAGAAAAGGAUUAAGAAGCCAAGCAAAGGCAUGUUCGCAAGCUUCACGAGUAGUUUUAAGAGUCUUGAUAUCGACUGAUCCUUAUAGUAACCACAUCGCGCUGGGGACCUGAUAAAGUAACGAACAACAUAUAAUUUUGUAUUUCAAUAUUAAAAUUUCAUAUAAAAACUAGAUACAGAAACAAGUUCAGGUUUUCUCUAUAAAGUUUCUUUUACAUGCACAUUACUUUCUCCCUUGUUUUAAACUUCCAUAUUUAGUCUCGCACUUUUGUGCAAUUAAAAAAAAAAAGAAUUUAGAUAAAAAAGAAUAAGAGGUUCUGUUUUUGUAGAUACAAAAACAGAACCUCUUAUGGAUCAAUUAAGGAAUUCUUUAAGUAAUCAAUAUUUGGUAAUAUAUGAAUUAAUUUUUGAUUACUGAUUGAUGGAUCUAGUUUUUACAAUAAUGUUUUAUAUAAUGCAUUAUACUUUUAGUAUUGUAAUUUCUUUUUGCUGUGACUCUAGUAAAUUUUUGUAUAAUUUAAUUUUAAUUAUGUUGGCGGGAUUACAUUCUAUGGAGCUUAAAAAUAUACAUAUCAGAUUUAUGAAGAUUUUUUUUUAGAAUUCAACUGUUAAAUAUAUUACAUAGUAAUUUUUUUUUUUUAUAUAUUUCAAAUGUGCUCACUAUUUUAUUUUUAUAAUUCUAGGUAUUUUAAGAAUAGAAAAUAAAGUUAUUAGAUCGUCAUUGAAAUCAUUAAUAUCAUUCAAACUUUGGCUUUAAGUAGAUAUAAUUUUCUACUUUUUUAUUACAGCUACCAUUUUUAUGACUAGUCGCCUAACAUCUGAUUGGCUAUUAUCUAUAGAAAUAAAGAAAAAAAUUAUAAAAUCUUAGCUCGUAUACAUAUGUCUAAACAGAGUAUCGAACGUCAAAACAUAUGUCAUAAAAACCAGCUGUUCGUUGACGCGUCAUUUGUUGUUUUUAUACUAAGUAUUCAAAAAUCUUGUAAUAUUGUCAGGGUACAUGAUCAAUUUGGAGUUUGAAAGUAUGAUAUUAGAAGUUUUUAAGAUAAAAGAGACCGAGCGUAACCUAGCUGUGGCUGAUUUAACAGCGGGAUGAGUAGGCUGGAGCCUGGUGUAGCCGGGUUUAGGGGUGGCAAAUUUGGGGUCAAAAUUUUUAUAAUCACGAAGUUACAAUUUCAUUGAUAAAAAGUUGUAACUAAUGUAAUUAUGAAUUAGUGUAUCGAAUUUCAGAGAUCGGUGGGGGCGGUAAAAUUUGAACAGCCAACUGACGGCAAAUGUAAGGCAAAUUCGCCAUAGAGGUUUAGUGUUUAAAGGAUUAAGAGAAGGUAGGUAUAUGUAUACAUUUAUGUAUCGGCGUCACACUACUGUAGUCAAUUUAAAUGUGAUAUAUGGAACUUUGACAUUAUAUGUAAUAUUUUUAUAUUAAAUUGUGCAUAAAAACUAUUUUUCCUAACGACAUAGAGCACUAUAAAUCUGUUUACAUAAAGAAUUUAAAAUUAGUUACCAUAUAUUUUAGUACCUAUGUACUUAUAAGAGUGUUCAUACGUUCAUACAAAGUAAGCUAGUAGUAAACAACGUCGGAAUUAUCUGUGAAUAUUUUUUGACCAUUUAAAAAGUAAUCUAAAAGCUUAAUAAAACGUAAACAAUAGAUUGCUAUAAAAUAGACAAUUAAAAUAAUUACGUGUUGAAUUGUUUUUCGAAUUUUGACAGAUGUUUGCAAUGUUGUAUUAAUAAAAUUUCGUAAUUAACGCUCUUAGGAUCUACGCUUAUAAUGUUAAAAGUGUGUCUAAUAGCUUCAUCUAAUUUGGUUGUUAUACGAUGAAACGGCGUAAAUAUUAAAUAUUCCAUAUAUUAUAGCUCACUUAAUUUUCUAAUAAGAUUAACACGAAGUUGGUAGACGUACAUAUUGUUUAUGCGAAGCCUUUGUUUUUGCGUGGUGCUCUCUCAUUUGCCAAUUAAUGUUUAAUAACACAAUCUAUAGAGUUUUCGAAUUUAUCAUAUAGCAUGUACAUAUAUAGAAGUUACUAUUAGUAGCUAUUUUUAUAUUUAAUAUUUUUUCAUGUUUUAUUAGUGGGUACGAAUUAUUUUGUUUGGGUAAAGUAAUUUUCUUGUAAAAAAAUAACGUCCUAAAAAUUCUGUAAGAUGGCUUUGGACUCUAUUAAGGUUAUUUUUAUUUGUUAGUUACGUGUAAAAUACUAUAAGUAUUUUUCUACGAUAUUUUCAUAAUAAAUGUUUAUUCCUAUGGAUAAGAAAAAAGCCAAAUUAUAGUACUUGUAUAUAAAAUCAUAUUGUAAAUAGAAAAUAAAUUUAUAGU